AUGCGCUACGAUGACUGGGAUGUUCUUCUGUUCCCCAAGGGAUCGAAGGUGCCGUUGAAGGAGUUCAAAACCAACUGCCAUGUGGUUAACGAUAUCGAAUUCGUCCAUACGAGUGGAUCCUACGGACUUCCAACAAUGACCUGCUUUAUGCCUGGUCUGCCUACCGGAACACCGUUCAAUAUCUCUCUCCACAGCUGGAAAGCCCCUGAGGUUAGCCAGUACACCAAGAACUAUAGCGAACAUGACGAACUUGUCAAGUUUGAAGCACGUGUCUUUAUUGAUGGCCGCUUGGCUGCUACGGCUUCCUUCCAUCAAGGGGGCGUGUGGCCUCAACUGCUCUGCCAGAGUUUCGACUUCACAAAGAAUGGAGAGCUCCAGGAUCUCAAGUUCCCUGCGUUCCGUGACGAAGUACUCCGCCAGAGCUACUGGAACCCUGCAGAUGACCUUGGCCGAAUCAAGAUUGUUAUCAGCGAAGGGUUUCCCCGCGACUCUCUGAGCGUGCCAAUGGAGAGAGUGAAGAAUAUUGUUGCCUUCUCAUUCCAGCAUGCUCCCAUCGAAAUUCUCGAGAGCUCCGGUAUUGCGUGGCCGAACCCUGCCAUGUGGCGACGCGGCCCCUUC